UAAUUAAAGAACCUCACUUUACUCACCUCAAAUCAACACACAAUAAAAAGCCUCGACUUCAAUCUUAAAACCCCAUUCUAAGAGAAGAUUAAAAACAAAAACAAAAAACACAAGCAAUGCCAACAAUUUUGCUUAGGAUUUUCCUUCUAUACAACGUUGUCAAUUCAUUUCUCAUAUCUCUUGUACCUAAGAAACUCCGAACUUUCUUCCCACAUUCUUGGUUCUCCCAUCAAACCUUAAAAACCAAUCUCAACACUACUACACUUUCUUCAUCAAAAAAAGGUUUUGUUGUUAUUACCAAAAGUAUAACAAUGGAUCCAAAUGAACUCAAACGUGUUUUCCAAAUGUUCGACCGUAACGAUGACGGUCGAAUAACAAAGAAAGAGCUAAAUGAUUCAUUGGAGAAUUUAGGAAUUUUCAUACCUGACAAAGAGCUAAGUCAAAUGAUCGAGAAGAUCGAUGUGAACAGAGACGGGUGUGUGGACAUUGAAGAGUUUAGAGAGUUGUAUGAGUCAAUUAUGAAUGGCCGUGAAGAAGAGGAGGAAGAAGAUAUGAGAGAAGCAUUCAAUGUGUUUGAUCAAAAUGGUGAUGGAUUUAUAAGUGUUGAAGAGUUGAGAUCGGUUUUGGUUACUUUGGGAUUGAAACAAGGAAGAACUGUUGAAGAUUGUAAGAAGAUGAUUGGGAAGGUUGAUGUUGAUGGAGAUGGAUUGGUUGAUUAUAAGGAGUUUGUGCAAAUGAUGAAGGGUGGUGGAUUCACUGCUCUCAGUUAAUUAGUUAACUCUUGUUCUUUGUGUUGGGUUUUUUUGUUUUUGUUUUUAAUGUUGAUUUCCAUGCCCACUUUGUAAAUAAUAAGCACUUUUAAUAGGAUUCAGGUCACACGCAUGUCGUUUAUAGGCAUACUUUCUUUACCUCUAGUGAUCUAAGUGUUUUGUCAUAGGCAUGUGUUUUGGCUUUUCUUUUGUUUUUUCCAAUCCUACUUGUUUGGAUGGUUAGUAUGGAAAUGCAUUUGAUGUUGUGGGCUUAACUAGUAUUGAAGUCAAUUAUCUCAACCGAUGAUAAAAAUUGGGCACUUUGAGAUGAGAUGAGUCAUUCAAUCUCUAUUCAACAACUUAGAUCUACUCAACAUGGUGAAUCUAAGUCAGGUUAGAUUAUCACUUGGUUUUACAUUAAUGUAAUGUGAUACUAAUGGUCAGGAAUAGGGGUCACACUACCACUAUAACAGGAAGUAUUUGUGUUUUUUUUUCUUUCAUUUUCCUUGGUUUUAGGACAAGGGUUGGUUUUUUUGGGUAUGUAAACUUCUGUUUGAAGAUAUUUUUCUUUAAUUUUUUGUAUUGGAUUUCUUUUGUAACACUAUCAGAUUAUGAAAUUCCAAAAUGACAAAUUCAUUUCAGAAA